GGCUCCGUCAACACUCGCUGCUGCUGCGGAGGGACGACCAUGUCGGAGCCGGAGUCGCUGCGGUGCUCCAGCGUCAGGAACCGUGGAGGCGUUCAAAGGGUUGAGGGAAAACUCCGAGCGAGCGUAGAAAAAGGAGACUAUUACGAGGCACAUCAGAUGUAUAGAACUUUAUUUUUUAGGUACAUGUCGCAGACAAAACACGCCGAGGCCAGAGAACUGAUGUACAAUGGUGCUCUGCUUUUCUUCAGCUAUAACCAGCAAAACAGUGCAGCAGAUCUGUCCAUGCUGGUGCUGGAGGUUUUGGAGAAGUCUGAUGGAAAAGUUGAAGAUGAAAUAUUAGAAAGCUUGGAUAAGCUGUUCAGCCUCAUGGACCAGAACUCUCCAGAGAGAGCUGCAUUUGUAUCCAGAGCCUUGAAGUGGUCCACAGGAGGAUCCGGCAAGCUGGGUCAUCCAAAAUUCCACCAGCUUCUGGCUGUCACCUUGUGGAAAGAGCAAAAUUACAGCGAGUCACGUUAUCACUUCCUUCAUUCAUCUGAUGGGGAGGGCUGUGCGCAGAUGCUGGUGGAGUAUUCUGCAUCGCGAGGGUACCGCAGUGAGGUCGACAUGUUUGUGGCGCAGGCCGUCCUACAGUUCCUCUGCUUAAAGAACAAAAACAGCGCUUCCGUGGUGUUCAGCACUUACACAGAGAAACACCCGUCCAUAGAGAAGGGCCCUCCCUUUGUCCAGCCUCUUCUAAACUUUAUUUGGUUUCUGCUGCUGGCAGUGGACGGGGGUAAAUUAACAGUUUUCACAGUGUUAUGUGAGCAAUAUCAGCCUUCGCUGAAGAGGGACCCCAUGUAUAAUGAGUAUCUUGACAGAAUAGGACAGGUUUUCUUUGGUGUACCACCCAAACAGUCUCCAUCGUACGGCGGUCUGCUAGGAAAUCUGCUGAACAGCCUGAUGGGUUCUGGUGAGGAGGACGGGGCUGAAGAAGCCCCGGAGGACAGCAGCCCCAUUGAACUGGACUGAGUCUGCAACGGAGGACGAGAACAAACAAAUGCAAAAAAAGAUACAAAAAAAAUAAAAAUUAUAAUAAUAAAACCAAGAAAAAAGAGGAAGAGCAACCCGUCUCCCUCCUUCACCUCCACAACAGGAUCAGGACGGGGCGCUGGUCCGUGCUUUCAGAGGCGUUUGACAAAGGUUUCAUCAUCCCAACCAUCCAAUGUAGAAUCAGAACAAGCGUCAUUCCACCAAAACCUCCCUGUCAGGCACCGUCUGAACCGGCCGCGCCAAAAUGCAAACUUCCCCCAUGCUGAGCUGUUGUAAGACUCUUUUUUUUUUUUUAUCUUAGCCAUCAUUUCUUGUUUGUUUGGGUCUCUCGCUCUCUGUUUUAGGGAUGUAUGAUUUCUCUUUUUAAACAGGAGAUAAACUGUCCUCUCCCUGUGAAAUCCUGCACCGAGGAGAUGAAAAUGUCUGGAGGUGUCUCAGUGGGGAGGACGGAAUCUUUAAGUGUAAACCCUGGUCAUAGUAACGGGGUUGGUCUGCUCACUACAGUUAACUCGAGUCAUUUCUCUCAGAAAGUCUUGCGGAGCUCGAUCACAGCCGUGGUGUAGCUGCAGAUGGCAUUUCUUUUUUUUUUUUUUUUUUUUCAGUAAUGUAUUCCGUUACAAGUCUCUUCUGUCAGAAAUAAACUGUAUUUAUAGCCAAGGCAGCUCUCAUCUUUAGUUUCAUGGACAUAAAGACAUCGGGGCUCUGUGGAAGUUGUUUUCAGAGGCACCUUAAGUAUCAAGCCAAACAAACACUUUUGUAUUAUAGUGUCAUUUCUGAUCAUUUAGUGAACUUCUCCAAACGUGCAGCGGUCUGUGGACAAAUGGCUCACUUAAGUUGUGUUUUCAGAACAGCAGGGCUCCAGUACUUAUUCAACGCAAAAUAUUUUUCUUUUUUUUUUCCCCCCAUCACAGCUGGAAUACUUCAGAUUGUGGUCAUGAAGUAGUUCAUCCGCUCCUCCAGCGCGCCGUAAGAAGCAUGAGUCGAACAAAAGCUGCUGUUGGUGUUCAAAUCAAAAGGUCCCCAGAAAACACAGCUUUGCUUUCAUUUCGUCCGUCUGCUGGGAUUCUUGUUUUCUUUUUUAAAAUUCUGUGAACUGUGCUCCAUGAAGCAAGAGUUAAUGUCUGCUUUUAUUUAACAAAAACUAGGAAUGUCAAGAGGUCUUCCAAUAUGGAGGGGUCUAUGUGCUUUUUUUUUUUGUUAUUUCUGUUACCUCAAAUGGCAACAGUUUACAUAUAAAAAAGGUAAAGUAAACAGCAACGGAGCGAGUACAUCAUAAAAUAAAUUUGUUAUUAGUCAAAACUAGACCCUUUUUUUUGUAAUGAGAUCACUGAUUAUUAGCGUUUCUUAAUAAUUUAUUUAAUUGUCAGUUUCCUUUUUUGCAUCGCAUAUUUGUUUUACACAAGUUGCUUUAAUGCUGUCCCACUUUGUCGUCCCAUACGGGACUGGUUGUUGAAGCAUCUUUUAAAAGACAGAAUAGUGUAGAUUCAUUAGUAUAAAUGCUCUGCUGUGGUAGUAACUAUUUCACACUGGUGUAGGAAGGGAUCAGUCAUGUGGCAGUUAAAGGCAGGGUAAGCAAUUCUACGUCAGAACACUUUUUUUUGUGUUGUCACAAUUGGUGAAUAUCUCCCGACCACCUCAGAAAGCACUGGAAGGAGUAUGAGGGAGGAGUCGGCUCUCUGUCUGAUGUGACAGAUGUGACGUCAUCCAGAAAUCUCUUAUCCUACCUUUUACUGUUGGAAAACAAAAAAAGACUAUGGCAAGGAUGGGCAACAAUGUAUUUAAUGGCACAUGUAAUGAAAAAUCACAUUUAUCUGCAGACUUCUUGGUGAAGAGAGAGAAAAAAAAUGAAACACUUUCCGAAAAAGGCCAUUCGUCUGGAUGACAACACACAGUGUUCAUGAACCCUCACGCAAGGUUGCACAUUUUCAUUUAGUUGAACACUUCACUGGUUUGUCUGGAGUUUUAACAUGUUAUGGUGGGAACGAACUAAAUUGGUGAUUUCUUUUCUUUCUUUUUUUUUUUUUUUAAAUUAACCUUGAAGUAAUCACAAUUGAUUUGGGGGAAAAAUGUGACAAAAGGCCGCCUCUGUAAAGCAAACAUCAUUGCAGCUGUUUGUCCCUGAGUUUGUCUUUACAGAACUAAAGCGGAGUGUUUUUGCCUUUUCAAUUGUUCAUGAAUUCAUUGAAUAAACUACAACUGAGAUGAGUUUGAGAAUGUUAAACAGCUUCCUCUCUUUAUUUACUUUAAAACA